UGGUUCUGCUCCAGGGGAUCUUUGCAGAGUGAUGUCUCACCCCAGAACCACUGUUUUUAUAUAUUCUGUGGAUGACAGAGCCGCCACAGACCAGCUGGCCAAGGCCAUGGACUUGUCACAGCAAUUCCCAGCAGCUGAAAUGUCACUUCCCAGCAGCUGACGGGGGACAGUGACCGCUCGUGAACUCCCUCCCCUUUCCCUGGAACAUGAGAUGGCUCUUCCCAAAAACACCUCACCCCCAGUGUGCCCAACACAUUGAUCCCUCGUGGGCGGAGGAAAACGAUGGCCUGGGACACACAGGCUGGGAUCCAGGGACACCUGACCCUGCAGAGCUGUCUCUGGAGCCUGGAGAUGCAUCCACAGCCCCUUAACAGCUGAAUUCGGGAAGCUCAGAUUUUGCAAUGACUCUCCCGUGUGAAAUACAGGUGAGCACCCCCAGCUCUCCCAGCCUGGCUCCAGAGCAGAGGGGCUCCAGCCCUUGGAACAUCUCCGUGGCCUCCUCUGGACUCUCUCCAGCAGCUCCAUGUCCUUAUGUUGGGUGGGGACCCCAGUGCAGGUAAAGAAUUCACAUCCCAGCUGUGGCCAUGAGGAUCCUUCACAUGCUCCUGGUUGUCCUCUUGCUGAUGCUCCAAGGGGCUGCAGGACAACAAGUGUUUCCUAGGCUAGAUAAUUCCUGUUUGGCCCAAAACGGACGCUGCUUCCCAGGGAUUUGUCGUCGUCCGUAUUACUGGAUUGGAGAGUGUAGAAAUGGAUAUUCUUGCUGCAGAAGGUGA